AUGGCAGUUCUUAAUUCUCGUAACUCUGGAUUUUCCUUUUGGCCGAGAAAAAUUUGUCAAAAGUUAUACAACAUUUUUCCUGUUUAUGAAACAGAGAAUGGGGGGCAAGUACAUGCCCCCGUUGAAUAUAAUUUGAUUAAAGAGUUGGCUGAAUCUGUCCGCAAAUACAGGGUUAAUGCAAAUUUCACCCUGGUGAUGCUAGACAGAAUUGGCACGGGCACAUUAACUCCUUCUGAUUGGCAAGUGGUAGUAAAAGCAGCACUUCCAGAUAUGGGCCAAUACAUGGAAUGGAGGGCUCUCUGGUAUGAGGCCGCUCAAACACAAGCCCAAGCUAAUGCUCUUGCCCUUACUCCUGAAAAGAGAAAUUGGACCUUUGACUUGCUAAUAGGUCAAGGUCAAUUUACCGCACAUCAAACAAAUUACCAUUGGGGAGCCUAUGUUCAAGUUUCACAAACGGCUAUUAGAGCCUGGAAGGCACUUUCUAAAAAAGAGGAGGCCAAUAGGCACCUUACAAAAAUCAUUUAGGGCCCUGAAGAAUCAUUUUCCGAUUUCGUGGCUAGAAUGACAGAAGCAGCUGGACGUAUCUUUGGGGAUGCAGAACAGGUUGAGCCUUUUAUUGAACAACUGAUAUUUGAACAAGCCACUCAAGAAUGCAGAGCUGCUAUAGCCCCAAGAAGAAAUAAAGGCUUGCAAGACUGGCUCAGAGUGUGUAGGGACCUUGGCGGGCCUCUUACUAAUGCGGGCUUAGCAGCUGCUAUUCUUCAGUCUCAAAGGCGCCCUACGGGCAAAGCUAAUCAGAAGACUUGCUAUAACUGUGGUAAGCCUGGACAUUUUAAAAGAGAUUGCAAAAAUUUAGACAAAAAAAGAGAGAUAACAACUCUCUGUAACCGUUGCGGCAAAGGAUAUCAUAAGGUUAGCCAAUGUCGCUCGGUGAGAGACAUGCAAGGGAGACUUCUCCCACCUAUCAACCAUCAGUCGGUUGACGGCCACCAGGUUUCCGACAUGCCAAAAAACGGGUCAUCGGGCCCUCGGUCCCAGGGCCCUCAAAGAUAUGGGAACCGAUUCAUCAAAACCCAGGAGGACAACAAGUGGAAGGUCCCUUUGCUCACGCGCAGGUUAUCCAUUUAUCCGUUUGGGGCACAGGCUGUCAACGCCAUCUUGUAA